AUGAGCGGCCCCGCGACACUAGCCCCUGGGGUGGAGGAAGCCGUAGCUACAGGAAUAAUUGGAUUUUGGACCGACUGGCCCAGGACCCCCAAUGUCAGCCGCCCCCCAGGAAGUAUGGUUGGGGAAGAUGAAGGAAGCGGGGCAGGGGGUGAGGCUGGAAUGAUAGUAAUACAGUCCAUCUAUGCACUGGUGUGUCUGGUGGGGCUGGUGGGUAAUGCCUUAGUUAUCUUUGUCAUUCUGCGAUAUGCUAAGAUGAAGACAGCCACCAAUAUCUACCUGUUGAAUCUGGCCAUUGCUGAUGAACUCUUUAUGCUCAGUGUGCCCUUUGUAGCCUCCUCUGCUGCCCUACGCCACUGGCCCUUUGGCUCUGCCCUCUGCAGGACUGUGCUGAGUGUUGAUGGCCUCAAUAUGUUCACCAGUGUCUUCUGCCUGACAGUGCUCAGUGUAGACCGAUAUAUUGCUGUGGUGCACCCCCUGAGAGCUGCCACCUACCGAAGGCCCAGUGUGGCCAAGCUCAUCAAUGGAGGAGUGUGGCUGGCAUCCUUGCUGGUCACUCUGCCCAUUACCAUCUUUGCAGAUACCAAGCCUACUCGAGGGGGCCAGGCGGUGGCCUGCAACCUGCACUGGCCUCACCCAGCCUGGUCUGCUGUCUUUGUGGUCUACACCUUUCUCCUGGGUUUCCUCCUUCCUGUCCUAGCCAUUGGCCUCUGUUAUCUGCUUAUUGUGGGCAAGAUGCGAGCAGUGGCCCUCAGGGCUGGUUGGCAGCAGAGACGCCGUUCAGAAAAGAAGAUCACCAGGUUGGUGCUCAUGGUGGUAGCUGUCUUUGUGCUUUGCUGGAUGCCUUUCUAUGUGGUACAGCUGCUGAACCUCUUUAUGCCUAGCCUGGAUGCCACUGCUAACCACGUGUCACUCAUCCUCAGUUAUGCCAACAGCUGUGCAAAUCCUAUUCUAUAUGGCUUCCUCUCAGAUAACUUCCGGCGUUCUUUCCAGAGAGUGCUCUGCCUUCGUUGUUGUCUCCUGGAUGCUGCUUCUGCUGCUGAGGAAGAACCAUUGGACUACUAUGCUACAGCCCUCAAGAGCAAAGGGGGUGGGUGCAUGUGCCCAGCUCUGCCCUGCCAGCAGGAGCCUGUGCAUCCAGAGCCCUGUGGCAAGCACAUCACCCUUACCAGGACCACCACCUUCUAA